UCAUAGCUUCUAGAAUGCCUUUUAUCAGGAACGGAAAGAGGAGAAAUACAUGCUGAAGUGUGAAUUCCUGCACACCUUAUCAGGCUGCCAGCUGCAAUUCUUUCAUACUACCAUGUUCUCACUAAGGCCCACAAGCCCUGAACAGGCAGGGAAAUCACUGCUACCCUUACCAGUGCCAAAAAUUGUGAUUGUGGUCAAGUUAUUGCACCUUCUUCCUUCAUCCAGCAGCCUUCCUCUGAGCUGCAAGUACCAUGUUAUAAAGCAUAGAAGCCUUCCCCUUCUCUCCCAAUCCAUCUUGCUAUUAAAAGGGAAAAAUGGAACGCUGCAACAGACUGAAAACUCAAUCACUCACUUCCUCUGAGGUCCUCCUGGUAAACAGCCAUUUCUCCAGCUGCCAUUGGCCUCUUUUGGAACUGCAGCUCCUUGUUAACAAGGUUUUCACGUGCAACGCAUCUGACUGCCUUAAGAUUCAUGGGAGGUAAACACAAUGAUGACAAAAGGCUCUAUCACAGCCUUCCCCAGAGUAAAUAUCUCACACUAUAAAGAAGAGAGUUCCUGAACACCUCCAGGGAUGGUUGCUCCACCACCCCCGGGCAGAAAGACCCUCAUCAUUCUUUCUGAGCAGAAAUCGUUCCUAAUAUCCAACCUGAACCUCCUCUUGUACAACUUGAGGCCAUUGCCUCUCAGCCUAUCGCCGUGCCCGGGACAAGAGGCCGACCCCGCCUCGCCACAGCCUCCUGUCACGCAGCAGUAGGGAGCAGCAAGGUCCGCCCCGCGCCUCUUCUCUGCCUCACUGACGGCCUCAGAGCCCCGAGGCGCGCAGGGCGGCGCGCAGCCGCCAUCUUGCGCAGGGGCGCGCGCCCCUUCCUCACAGCCGCGCGGCCGAGCGCGCAGGCGCACCCCCUCCUCCCCGCACCGCGCCCGGGCGGUGCCGGCGCUCAGAGGCCGCCCCGCGGCGGAGCGGCGCGGGUAGCGGCUGGAGGCGGCAGCGGCGGCGGCAUGUCCUGAGGGGAGCGGCGGCGCGCAGCCCCCGCCACCACGGAGGGGUCGGUGGAGCAGCGGGCCAAGGGCCGGGCCCCCAUGAAGGAGAAGGAGGCCGGGGCGGAGCGGGGCAAGCCCGCCACUUACACCGGGGACAAGAAGGCUCGCAUGGCGGCCAAGACCAACAAGAAGUGGGUGCGCCUGGCCACCGUGCUGGCCUACGUGCUCUCCGUCUCGCUGGCCGCCAUCGUCCUCGCCGUCUACUACAGCCUCAUCUGGCAGCCGGUGCGCGGAGGCGGCGGCGGCGGCUCCUCGGCUUCUCCUCCGUCGCUUCCCGGCCCCGCCGCCAACUCCUCCUCGCAGCCCCGCAGCGCUCCGCCGCCGCGCUCCGCCGCCCCGCCGCCCCCCGGCCCCACGCCGCCGCCCGGGGGGAGCCCGGCCGGGACGGGCGGCGCGGAGCUCCCAGCGCCGCGCGGGGCCGGGGAGGGCCGCAGUGCGCCGUGAGGGUGUGGAGGCCCGGGGGCAGCGCCGGACGCUGAGCGGAGGGACGGGCUGUGUGUGACGGCGCUGUGGACUCUCGUCGCUGUGGGCUUCCGUGGCUUCGUUCUUCUCACUCCUCGCCCCCGAACCGCGGCCGGACUGCGCCCAUCCGAGGAGCUCGGUGUGCGGGACCGCCUGGGAGCGAUGCCGAUCCGUAGGCUGUAACCCGUUGUUUAAGUCCCGAAUUUUGUUUAGCCAUGAGCGUAAACUUAUUUAAACCAUGUGAGAGGUAAAUUGACUUGUUUACUAUAUUAAAAUAUUUUCCCAGUA